AUGUCUACCAUCUCUGGUAGAGAUGGCCUAGGUGCUGGCUACUCGUCGGACCAGGUGGCAUUUGCAAAGGCUCUCCAAAACAGUAUGACCUCCGCUGGAUCUAAAGCCAGACCAGGUCGCGGUCGUAGCUCUGCACCCUCACCUGCUACAUCAGCAGGACGCGGUCGUGGCGGACAUGCUAUGGCCUCGACACGCCCUGUUGCCUCUGCCGUUCCGCCACCCAACCCUUACCACUCCUUUACCUCUACAGCUGCGUGUAGAAAUACACAUGCUCCAGGUGCUACGAAGUCUGGUGCGAUCAACCCCCACUUCGCCCAGUAUAGUGUCGGCGCCUCGACUGCAGCUCCCACCUUCAAGAGCCCUCCGAGACAGCGUACUGUAAGCCCAGUUCGUGCAUUUGGAGGUCCUGCUGCUGUUCUAGCUCCCAAGCCUAAAUCUCCAACCAAGUUGCGAAGCAGCAUCUUGGUUGCCGAUACUGCUCAACGAGUUGACUCAUCUCCUGGCAAUACAAUGAAUGGUGAUCCUCAAGGUCAAGUCGUUCCUCAAUCUGGUUGGUUCAAUGCUUCUGAGAAAGUGUCUGCCAAUGUCAAUCCCACUCCGAAUAUUGGUGGAUGGGUUCCAUCUCAGGUCUCCCAUGAUGUUGAUCCUCGGUUCAUGGCGGUUAAAUCGUCUCAUUCAAUGGCUCAGCAGCCAGGUGGUAAUUUCUUCGACGACCAUGGUCAAACCAUGACUGUCCAAGGACAGAGCACCAUCCCUACAAAUGCUUGCUUCAAUGGUAUGCAGGGUCAUGGUCAAAACACGGCUGUUCAAGAAUUCAACACGAUGCCAUCGAAUGAUCCCUUCAAUGGCAAUCAGGGUCAAGGUUCCAUUCCCCACGCUGGUCAACAGGCUAAUCAGGCCGUACCCGAUACUGGUCGUGUUCGCAUCACCACGAAUUGGACAGAUGAAGAUUCCACGAAGCCAAUUAUCCCCGGCCACUUGAGACAGCCAGAUGGCGGAAAGGUUAUUGUGGAGAUCGCUGGUAAUGUGGGACUUCCCACGUCGAACUGUCAUGGUGUGAUGACUGUUGGAAUCUCGAGCUCUAUUCAUGCCCCAGGUAAUGCUAGAAGCAACAAUUGGAACUCUGCUGGCAGAGCCAAUCCCAAUAGUCACCAAGGCGAUGUCAACGACACCGAAUGGAUGACCGCAGCAACCAAUCGCAAUCAUUCAAACCGCAUUCCCUCCGGAGAUGGCGAUGUAGAGAUGUCAGAUAUCCAAGCCAAUAACAGAUCUUCUGCACCUCAAGGACCUGUCGAGUGGAGUAAGCUUCCAACAUUAGCAGCUUCAAGAUAUGCUACUCCUUCGACCUUCGCCAGCAAUCCCCCUAAAGCUCCACAGCCACCAGCAACAUCCAAUGUUGGCAAUGAGAAUAUCAAGCCCACAAAUCAUGUACUAGCAGAAGGUCUUGGAGGUUUUGGUGAUAUCAACAAGAAUAUUGCUGCAGAUCUCGCGAAGAACUUCGGCUUCAAUGGAGCACCUGGUCAAGGAAUUUCCAAUCCCUUCAUUGCCAAUGGUGGCCAAGCUGUCCAGACUCCAACUCAUGCUUCCGGUUUUAGUGCCGCUGCUAUUCAUUCAGCUGGUAUCAAUCCCUUCUUGGCCAAUGCUGCUGGUCCUCCUUCCGCUCAGUCCCUUGCUCAUGUCACAAAUGCUUCGAAUGGCUUUGGCGCUCCUUCUGCGCCUCCUGCCAAUGAAACCGUUGAUAAUUCUUCCCCCACGGGUGGAAAUGGUUUUGGUGCCUCUUACUCUGACAACAACUCGACUGGUCAGCUGAUGAAUGCAUCCAUUCCACACCAAAAUGGCUUUGGCGCUCCAUCUGCCCCUUCUCCUGUUGUAUCUGCAAAUCAAUUUGCCUCAAAUGGUCCAAAUGGCUUCCCCUCCGGCAGUUUUGGUGCCUCUCUUCAACCUGGGUCCCAGUCUCUAACUAUUCAGACCAACACUAACUGCUUCGGUGCUCAGGCUACAGGUGGAGCAGGCCCUGCUGCUCAGUUUGCUUCAAAUGGCCAACCUGGUGUAUCCUCCAGUGGCUUUGGCUUCUCGCAGACUGCUCCUGCUGACCAAUUUGUUGUAAAUGGACCUAGCGGUGCUUCUGGCAACGGUCAGGCAUUUCACGGCUUCCCAGAUCCCCAGUCUACAGGUAUGGCUCAAGCCAAGGUUAAUCCACUCCUAUCAAAUGGUUCUGGAGCCGCUUCUCAGUCCAGUUCUACUAGCCAAGGAGCACGAAUUAAUCCAUUCAUGUCCAAUGGUAGCCCAUCAAGUCAACCAGCAAGAGUCUCUGGUUACGGCGGUUCCGACGCUGCUAAGCUGGCUGCUAGCAUCGACAAUGAUAUUCGUCGUAUGUACGGUACCAAGCCGGCAGCCCCCACCUACGAAGCAUCUCCCUUCGGUCCUCAGGAUGUUCGUUCUGCUGUUGCACCAAGUGCUUCUGAUAAUCGCCUGCCUGGUUUAACUCCUCCCGUUUACCAAGUUGUCCCAGAGAUCAAGAAGGCUACAGGCCUGUCGGCUUCUCGUUGGGCUUGAUUUAUCUUGCAUCUCAUGCAUUACACUUGGGUUUCCAGGUACACAUAUACGAUGAUGUCUGAUGACUUCACAUAUGUGUAGAAGGAUGAGAUAAGCAUAUUGCAGGGUAACUUUUGCAAUGGAGUUUGAGGAGUUUCUUCUUUGAAUUUCCGAACUUCUGGUUGCUUUGUGUCUCUAGUUUUCUGUUCCUGAUACCUAUGGUACUUGCGCGCAUUUCUGGUGGCUGAUGCUGCUCUCUCAUUAUGCUGGUGGCUUUCGUGUUGCUGCUAUGAUGGAUGGAUGAUAAUGUGCUCUUGGGCGAUGUCUCGUCCCGUCUUUGUGGCUUUCUCUGCUGAUAUUCUCACUUCUGCUUGAUAUGAGAUUGUGGAACUGGAUGCUGCUUGGCUUGAUGAGGGGAAAUACUUAGAUUACGCAC